CUUAUUGUAAUCAUAUUGUGAAUUAUUAGAUCUAAGAAGAAGCAGCUUUAUUUGUUUUGCAAUUUCUAAUAGAACAUUUGCAUAGAAUUAAUAAAUAAAUUAUCAAACGUUACACUAUUUCCAAAUGGGUUCCCUCUUUUCCAAAAGUAAAAAGCAAAGUCGAGUGACAGACCACGAUAAAGCUGUGCUGAGAUUAAAGCAACAGCGAGAUAAGCUAAAGCAAUAUCAAAAACGCAUCGAGCUACAACUUGAAAAAGACCGGGAAUUGGCUAAAAAAUGCCUGCAGACAGGACGAAGAGAACGUGCAAAGUUGCUGCUCAGGAAAAAGAAAUUCCAGGAAACACAAUUAUUAAAUGCGGAUAAACAGUUGGAGAAUUUAGAGAAAAUGACAGCAGAUUUGGAAUUCGCUCAAGUAGAAUUACAAGUUAUUGAAGGCUUAAAGCAGGGCAAUGACGCACUUAAAAAAGUGCACGAUCUGAUGGAUAUUAAUGAGAUAGAGAAGAUUAUGGAUGAAACUAGGGAAGGUGUAGAAAAACAACAAGAAAUCGAUGCCAUACUUUCAGGUGCACUAAGCGUUGAAGAUGAGGAAAAUGUUUUGGCUGAGUUAGAUGCACUAGCUGCUGAAGAAGACAUUAGUAUAUUACCUGAAGUGCCGUCAGAAGAUUUACCCGAACCGGAGACAACUGGAGCAAAGGAAGACACUGAAUCUGUGGUGGAGGACGCUCCCAAAAAGAAGCAAAAAGUACAAUCUGAACAACAUAAGAAAGUGCUCGUGGAAGCGUAGAUGCUAACUUGUAAAUAUGUACAUAACUUUGUACCUAUAUUUAAGUCUUCAAGAUACACUUUUGAUAAAAAGUCUGUGUAGUUGUUUUUGUUUUGCUUUAUUCUUCAAACUAAAUACUAAGUCACUUAGUUUAAUUAUGCAUAAAAAUUUUAUAAAUAAAUUUAUAAUGCGGUAAACGAAUAAUAUGUUGAGUGUUACACUUUUUAAAGGUAGAAAAGAAUUCUUAGUACAUAAAUGUAAAUACAUUAAAAAAACAUUAAAAAAACACGUUUCACUACAUAUUCGGACAUAUGUUGCACAAACAUAGAUAUAUAUGAGUAGAAAUAAAUAAACAAAUCUAAGAUAAUCUCAGCCCAAGUGCAAUAAAGUUAACUGUUUACCGAGGGAAGCGAAUAAAUAAUUGUCACUACGAUAAAAAAAA